CUUAGACACUCUCUUAUCCCAAUCUGCAGCCUUCAAGGCGCAUUUUUGUUUUCGCGGAAUUCGUAAAACCUGCAGAAAAACUCAACCAUUAUAUUUUUGGCAUGGCUCUUUCUCACUCUCUCAUUCCUCCAUUGCUCGUCACCUACAAUAUGGAAAUCGAAAUCCCUGUGACCACGUCCGAAAGAGACUUCCGUGGACAGCAGUACCACCACGACCAGCAGUCACGCAAGGAGCAGGACGAGAACCCGCUCUUUGACUUUAUCACGCCGACUUACACCAACUCGUGUGUGCGUCUCGACCGCCCGUCAACGUAUUUGCUCAACAAGGCGCGGCGCAAGAACAACUUCCACUCAUUGCAGAAGUCGAUGUACAGCAAGACAGUUUACAUCGGUGGGCUCCUGCUGAGCAGCACUGAGCAGCAGAUCCAUGCGCUCUUUGUGACGUGCGGCAAGAUCCAGACAAUCAUUAUGGGGUUGGAUCGUAUCAAGUUGGCGCCGUGCGGGUUCUGCUUUGUAGUCUUUGACAAGCAACUGGGCGCGUUAAAUGCCGUCAAGUGGUUGAACGGGACCAAGCUAGACGACCGCGAGUUGGAGAUCGAUUUGGAUCCCGGAUUUGAAGAGGGCAGACAGUACGGGAGAGGUGUGAACGGUGGUCAGGUUAGCGUGGAGAUGAAGCAGGGUAUUGGCCACACGGCACGUGAGUACGACAACGGGGCGUAUAUGAGAGGCGGUAGAGAUAGAGGAGGCAGGGGUAGAGGCAGAGGUAGAGGCAGAGGCGGGAGGGGCGGCCAGAGACCGGGUGGAUCUUCUUACGAAGGGAGUGGCUACAUGGGGGAGUUUGUUCCGCGAUCUUCCGAGUUUAAUCCAAGUUUUGGUAAUCAGUAUGAGUAUCAGCCAUGAGCAACGCGAGCGAAGCAAUCACUGGUAUCCGCGAGCGCAGCUAAUGCAAGCCGGACAAAGAAACGGCAAUCCAGCCAAAGUCACGGUGAUCCGGCCAGAGCCAUUGUAAACCUGUAUAUUAGAAUAAAAUAUCUUCGACAA